AUGGAGAAUGCAGACGACACCAUCGUCAUCCCUAAUACCGAGGAAGACGACUCGGAUGCGGUUCCGGCGCUCAAAAGGCGGAAAUUGGACAAAGGGAAAGGCAAGGCGAGAGUUCAGUCCAGCGAUGAAGAUGAUGAUCUUCCGGUGAAAGGCAAGGGGACAGGCAAGAAGGGUAAGGGGAAAGGAAAGGCCGGGAAAGGCAAAGGGAAAGGAAAGAAGAAGCCCCGUGGAUCCGAGGAUGACUCCGAAUCUGAGGACGCGGACGACUUCUUAGCCAGGGAUAUGUACAAGAAAGGCAAGAAGCUGCCGGGACAGUUGGAAAAUUGUGAGGAGUGUAGGAAGCGGUUUACAGUCACGCCAUAUUCCAAGACGGGGUCGGAUGGGGGAUUGCUUUGUGCGCCAUGUGGAAAGUUACUGAAAGGUGAGGAGGCCAAGGCGAAGAAGAAGACGCAAAAGCCGGCUGUCACUGGAAGGCGAAGGAGGAAGGUGGAGAGUGAGAAGUUAGAUGGCAGGAUUGGGGUCGGGGCGAAGAGCCUGGUGCAGCUGUCCAUCGAGAAGAUCGCUCGGUACGCAGAGGACGUUGAGGGCUUUGGGGACAUUUCGGAUCCCUUGCUGCGAAAGUUGAGCCAUAUCUUCACCAAGAAUCGGGUCUUGAAGCCGGAGACACUGGACUUGUUCCUUCGGAACGACAAUAGGAAGAUCGAGAUCCAUGACGCGGCUUACCUCGAAACAGACAAUUACGACCGGGUUUUCAUGGAGUGUCCGCAAAUGGAGGAUAUCACCUUUGGGAAUGCCUGUCAACUGAAAGAUCAAAACCUCCAGUACAUGCUCGAAAAGGCGCGGCACAUCAAGCACCUCAAACUCUACGCCGCAAACCUCAUCACUACGGACAUGUGGAACACCUACCUCACCGAACACGGUCCCAAUCUAGAGACCCUCAAACUCACUUGGCUCAACGCCUCUUUCGAUGACAGCACCAUGGAGGUGCUCGCCAAGCGGUGUAUGCAGCUCACCAGGCUCAAACUCGAGCUCUGCGGUAAGAUCACUGAUGAAGGACUUAAGCAUCUCAAGGACUUGCCUCGGCUCGCACACCUUAGCCUCCAUCUCACCCAGCCCACCGAUCCGGAAAUCAUUGAAUCGAUCAUUGCCGCUCACGGCGCUCGACUCCAGACCCUCUGCCUCGCCCACAUCCCCGAAGCGACCAACUCCCUCCUCAACACCAUCUCCUCCCACUGCACCCGCCUCUCCAAGCUGCGCCUCUCGAGCGCCGAAAACCUAACCGAUGAAGGCAUCGCCACCAUGUUCAACGAAUGGACCGGCAAGAACCCCCCGCUAUCCUUCAUUGACAUGAACUCCACCCGAUCCGUCGACUACGUCAUGCCCGAAGGGCCGGACGAAGAGGCGGUCGGCCUCGCGUCCGCGGGAUUCAUCGCACUUAUGAAACACUCCGGCUCCGCGCUACGGAAGCUGAACGUCUCGUCGUGCCGGCACAUCUCGAUGGCGGCGUUCAGCGAGGUGUUCGGCACCGGCUCGACGUAUCCGAACCUGGAAGACAUCGACCUGAGCUUCUGCGGCGAGGUGGACUCGUAUGUGAUGGCGGGGAUUUUCCGGUCCUGUCCGAACUUGACGCGGGUCAUUGCGUUUGGGUGCUUCAGGAUUGAGGAGGUGGCGGUGCCGAAGAAGGCGGUGCUGAUUGGAAUGCCUAGGGCGCAGGAUGCGAUUGAGCAGUUCGGAGGUGUGGGUAUGGAUAUGAUGGGGGUGGAUGGUGGAAAGGAGGUUACGGUCGAGGCUUAG